AGUCACUAGCUGUUUAUAUUUGAGAGAGGUUCGGUUUGAUCAUGGAUUACAUGAAAAUAUUUUUCUCAUAGUGAUUUCCGAUGAACAAUUAAAUAUCCGAAAUAUUUUUGGUGAUGAAUUCUUUUCUUCAUCAUCAACGACGAAAUAAUUUUAAAUUAAAAAAUAAACAACAAUCAAAUAUAAUAAGAAGGAAAUUAUGGAAAGUUGUCAUUUGAAACAGUGCCUAUCAGGUGUUCUAAUUGUAAUUGCUGCCUUAAUUAGUGAUAAUGGGGUGCAACCAGAUGUUAACUUUAAAAGCAAACCAACAACAAUCAAGACCUUUGAAAAUGAUUCAGUCCUUUUGCCUUGUUAUUCAACAGAACGUCACACUGCAGUACGUUGGCUUAGUCAAGAUAACAAAUUAAUUGCAGAUAGCAGAUAUCCAAAUUAUAAAAUACCGAAUCGAGUAUUGCAUUCGAAUGGCUCUCUCGAAGUCAACAACAUCCAACUUGACGAUACAGGCGAUUACCUCUGCGAAGUAACAAUUGGAACAAGAUUGCAUAGACAAACCAAUUCGAUUGAAGUUCAAGUUGAACCAGAUGUUAUAACUUUUCCAGCUGGUACAAUGAAUGUUACUAUAGGCGCAAUUUUUCAAAUAACAUGUGAACCUAAGGGUGUUCCUUAUCCAAUAAUUUCCUGGUAUCACAAUGGAAAGCAUGUGACAAAUACUUAUGAUGGCGAUAGAAGAUUAACUGUAGAGGUGAAGCAUUACGACAUGGCGGGGCGCAUAGAAUGUGUGGCGAAUAAUGGAGUAGGGAAAGAGCCGAAAGCAGCAGGCAUUCUCUUAGUCGUAAAUUUUGCCCCAGAAAUCAAAACCUCAAUGCCGGUAGUACAUACUCGUCCCGGUUUGCAAGCAAAAAUAGAUUGUUUAGUUGUUUCACAUCCUGUCGCUCAGAUUCAUUGGUUUUUUAAUGGAACACCGGUUAAUAAACGUAACAAUCUCAUCACAACGCAAGAUACAGAUCUGACUGCAUCUGAACCAUAUCCAAUGUAUUACUCAAAAAAACGUCACAUUUUGAUGAUCAGAAAUGUUCGUGAAACAGAUUUGGGAAAGUAUGAAUGCAUAGCCGAGAAUUCGCUUGGUAUGCAAAGUGGUUCAAUAAUGUUGACAGGGACACCAUUGAAGCCAUCAUUUGAGAACAAAAGUCAUCCUGCUACAAUAUCCAGUAAAAUGUUAUCAUGGCAAACAGAAUCACUUUCCCCAAUUAUUGAUUACAAAUUUAAAUUCCGAAGGGUUCCAACUGGAAAUGAAAACUUUAGAAAAAGUGAAAACUUCAUUUGGAAUCAAUUGACCAUCCCAGCGGAUCGAACUACGGGACCUUUUCAUACUAAAAGUUACAAAUUGGAAGCUCUAGCACCCGCAACAGUUUACGAAGUGAUGAUUCAAGCGAGAAACCAAUUUGGUUCUAGUGAUGAUAGCAAAAUUCUUCGUUUCGCUACACCCAGUGAGACUGAAACCAUCAAUAGUUCAUCAACAGAAGCCAAUGAGUAUGAUAUCCGAUACGAUGAAGAUUUAUUGAGCAAUGAAAUCUUCACAUCACCAUACAAUGCGGGUGACAGUUUGACUUCCAUAAACAUUUUGUUUUUAUUUAUAAAAAAUAAUUACAAAUUUUUCCAUUCCCAGAAAUCAACCAAGAAAAGUUUCCUUCCAUUCCGCGAUUAUACUCAAUACGUACAAACUUUAAAUAUCUUCAGUAAUCCGAAUCUGAGUUAG